UGUUUAAAGUGAGAUCUCUGGUUCGGAUGCUUUCAAUCCGAAAUCUAAACAAAGUAAGAAACCAAGUCACCGCAAUGCCGCUUCUCGCCGCAGCCCACCAGGUUCUGGUCACCGCCGGCCCCCUGAGCCCCACCACUCACCUCCGCAGUCUCCAACCGCAGAGCACCGCUUCGUUCGCUUUCCUCUCCUGCGAACCAAAAGCCAAGCCGAGACGCUGUCGCUCCCUAAGUUGUUCUCUUCUUCCUUCCCUCGGUCGUUGGCGGCCCUCUCGAAGCCCAGUUGGUUCCCCGAACCCACUCCAUUUCUUGCUUGACGGUUCGCUGUCCCUCUGCUCCCACCUGGGAAUCCUACCUCCCGAUUUCCCCGACCGCUGGCGGCAUCUCCUGGCGGUCUCGGAGGAGGCCGAGUCGAGGCUUUCUGGAAUUCCUUACCACUUGAUCCAGGCCAUCACGGCGUCGGAGGACCGCCGUUUCUUUUACCACUCUGGAGUUGAUCCCCAUGGGAUUGCCCGGGCCGUGUUCAAUUUUCCUAGUGGCGGCGGCGGGAGCACCAUCACACAGCAGCUCAUGAAGAGAAUCUUUUUGACAAGUGAGCGCAAAAUUUCAAGAAAAUUUGUUGAAGGAUUGUUGUCAUUGAUAGUGGAGAAGAAAAUGUCAAAAUGGAAAAUAUUGUAUUCAUACCUUAGUAAGAUGUACUGGGGACAUGGACUGUAUGGAAUCGAGUCAGCAUCUAUUUUUUACUUUGGAAAACAUCCUUCUUUUCUCACUUUGGGGGAAUCUGCAUUGCUAGCUGGGAUUUUACCUGGUCCCGAGCUUCUAAGCCCGUAUAGGAAUCCAGGCAGUGGCAAGUCCUCCCAAGCGAGGGUACUCAGAAGGAUGGUGGCAGCAGGAUUUCUUGACAUGGAGACAGCACUGAAGAUUGCAAAGCAACCUCUUUGCUUACGUUCUGAAAAUGAGACAUCAGAAGACACAGGCAUAAAUAUGAAUUCUCUAUGUAUGCAUGGACAACCUUUAUUCUUGUCUUCUGAAGCCAAGAACAGAAUGGAGCAGCACGAUGGAAGAUAAAUUCUAUAAGAUCAUUCACGGUGAACAGCUUGCAUAGGCUAAAGUGAAAAUACAGGUGCAAUCUCAAGAUCGGUGUUUCAGCAAGUGUAUGCCUCCUGUUCUUCCUAGAGAAAUUGGUUGCUUAUCAAGUAUUCGUGAUUGACAUCGGUCGGUAAACCAUUGACUCAUUUUUUCUCAUUUAUUCUUAAGGUGGCAGGAGAUAACAACGCACAUUGAUGUGUAUUUAUCGUCAUGAAUCAUUUUCCCAGUAAAAGAUUCUUCUUUGCCUCAAAUAUAGAUGUUUUUCAUGCUCCAAACCAAUGCGGCAUGGCAUGCACGAACAUUUAAUUUUUGUUCAUUCCCUGAUCAUAAAUGAUGGUUGGGAUGGAGAAAACCCUCCUAUGCUUGAAUAGAUGUAGUUGAAAGAUACGCAUUGAGCAUGUCCUGCUAAUGAUUCCUUCCAAUUGCAGGCAUUCAAUUAUGUGCCUUCAGAGACAUAUUGGCUCCAUCUUAAAUCGGUUUGGUAAAAUAGGGUUUGGAUUGGGAGAGUGAUGUAAUUAACACCAUACACAUAGUCUUGCACUGUGGAGGAAGCGGCUUCAGGUGUCAUCUCAGGACUUUGAUAAAGUAGGAUUGGAGACUUAGCAGUAUGAAGUUGUGGCAGAAAGAUUCCAAGCCGGGUGAGUCAAGCCUUGUAGUUCUGGACCAAGAACGGGCUAUUUGGAAAAAAUGAUAUUUGAAUUGGAAAAUGCAUUGGGGAAUCGGCCAGUCGGAAUAAAAAAUAACAAAUAAUAAUCUUGGGCCUACCUGAUACUGGUGUGGCAGCUAAUGGUUAAAAUAUAUCGUACCGACUCCCACGAGUCACCCGUUCGAAUA